AUGUGGUUCGUGUGGAGUUCAGUUUUCGCCAGCGUAUUGCUGAUAGCGCGGGCACAGAAUGCGGAAGAAACGAGCGAAUUUUCACCGGUGGUGAAUGCCACGUGCAAAUCUGGUAUAAUGUCAAUAAAAAUAACCUUCAACCAGCCCUUCAACGGAGUUGCACACGCUAAGGAAUUCAGAACGCCAGCAUGUAAAGUGCAGGGUACAGGUGCUGAAACCCUUGCACUGGACAUCAACAUGGAAGCCCCAAAAGGCUCACCAGAUUUUUGUGGUGUGGUAUGGAAUAAUCGUACUGAUGAGCGAUCCCUGCCGCUUGCUGUUCGAGUACAUCGAACUCUGGAACUGGCGGACGACAAAAUGUUCUUCAUCACUUGCGGCAAGGCUGGAUUCAGAAAUUCCAGAAAUGAAACAUCGUUAGUGUCUCUACGAAUGCUGAAUCCAGACGGGCGUAAAGUAACAAACGUCGCAUUCGGUAUGCCGUACACACUCAGAGCAGAGUUGAGCAAGUCCGAUGGAACACAUGGCAUCAGGAUGAAGAAUUGUUUCGCAUUUAACCAACGUACUAACACUCUGGACCUUCUUGACAGCAGAGGAUGUCCCGUGAAAGAUUCAUUAGCAGUGAAGUCUGAAGGCAGUACUACAGAGAUCACCAUAGCUUCUAUGUUCAGGUUUCCAGACUCUUCACAGGUCAAUUUACAGUGUGACGUCGCAGUAUGCAAAGGUAGUUGCAUGCCAGUGGAUUGCUCAGCGGAUGGGCGCAAUGACCCCAGCGACGAAGAGGCUCUAGUGACCGCCUCUACGGGUAUUUUCGUUUUGGACCCUAAUGACAACGCAGUCUUUAUGUGUUCGGAGACUGGUAUCAGACCGUUAUGGUUACUCUACCUGGCUAUUGCCUUGGGAGUGAUGUUCGUGGUUAUGUUGCUGAUCAACUGCUUCCUCUGCACCGCCAUGACCUGCUCCUGCGCCAGGACUGAUGUUAUCGAAAAGGACCCGUCAGUGGUGGAAGACUACGACCCUUACCGCAGCUGGCACGGCAGCCAGUACGGAAGCAGGUACCCAUCGUCCACUAUACAUUCGACUAGGUCGGUAUCGGAUAACAGUGACCACUACGCGAUAGUACAAUCAAGACCGGGGAGUCGACACUCGGGCAUGCACAGAAAUAGGCACUGA